UCUAAAACGAGCUGUGGGAGGGAGAACUGGCAAGUGGGUGUACCGUGUAAUCGGACUGGUCCCAGACGCUGAGCUCAUGAAUAAUGCAGCUGCCAAACUUUCCGCGCCGCCCUAACUCUGAGAGUUUUGGGUAAGUUUGUUUAGUAUGGUCGAUCGCGGCGGCGCCGCCACCGUGGAAGCGCUCAGCCCUUCCGAGAUCUACAGGAUGAUGGGUAUGUAAAAAAAAAGAAAGAGAAAAGGGACCAACUGCCCUGCGUCCCGCAAAACUCGCUUCUUCGCCCAUCUUUUAAGACAGAGAAAUAAUGGUAGAAAGUGACUGAGUCGGGCCACCCUCUCAACCCGCGAGGGGGACGAAGAGGACGCCAGGCCUGGAACAGAGCGCGGCUGAGAUUUCAGGGGGAAUGUUCUAAAUCCGAACGUUCGCUUCUCAGCGUUCUAAGUCGGACCGGCCCUCCCCGCGGGAUUCCCCCUUGCUUCGAGUCCCAGGCCCUCUUUGGAAUCCCUCCCUGCCUUUCGUGACAGCCGCGGGAGAAGAUCUCGCCCCUUAGUCCUUUAAAGGAGCUGUUUUUCUUCUGGGGAGUUUGUAGCAGAUCUCCGAAGUUCGGAAGGGGAGGGGGAGUUGCAUAACUUUCCUUCGGGGCUUGACUUGGAUUUUGCUUCCACUGCUCUUGGGAGAUUCUGCGAGAUAAAGAGACACUUUGGGGAGGGAGGGGAGAACCGCCUUGGAUUUUCUGCUUGAGGCCUUUUCGCAAACGAGGGGUGGGGGUGGGGGGGGAGAAAGGUCGAGAGAGCUUUGCUUCGGAAACUUGAUUAGCUGCGGACGGACCGAUUCUAGCGACCCAGGAAUCUUGUCUCGGUCGGUCGGAGCAAAAGACGCUGCAAAGGUUCUGCAAGACAACUUUUAGAAGGAGAAAUCCUGGCCUGCCGGCUCUGAUUAAUUCCUGCUUCUAGCCCCCUUGCCUCUCCCUCUUGGCCAGGUCCCGCGGCAAACUUUUCCGGCUCGAGGUAGGAAAAAAAUGAAUCCUGCUGCAGUCCCUCCCCCGCCGGGACAGCAAGUGAUCCAUGUCACCCAGGAUCUGGACACUGAUUUAGAGGCUCUCUUCAACUCGGUCAUGAAUCCCAAGCCCAGCUCGUGGAGAAAAAAGAUCCUGCCCGAAUCUUUUUUUAAGGAGCCCGAUUCGGGAUCUCAUUCCCGCCAAUCGAGUACCGACUCGGGCAGCCACCCUCCCCGGCUUAACAGCGGCGCCGUCGGGGUCCACCACGUCCGCUCUCACUCUUCGCCAGCUUCCCUGCAGCUGGGCACCGGGGCGGGAGCCACCCCGACUCCGGCUCAACAGCAUGCCCACCUCCGCCAGCAGUCCUACGACGUGACGGAUGAGCUGCCGCUUCCUCCCGGCUGGGAGAUGGCGCUCACGCACACCGGUCAGAGAUACUUCCUCAACCACAUAGAGAAAAUUACAACUUGGCAAGAUCCUCGAAAGACUAUGACCCAGCCAUUAAAUCACAUGAGCCAUCAUCCUUCAACUACUUCCACCCCAGUAUCACAACGUUCAAUGGCCAUGUCGCAACCCAACCUCGUAAUGAAUCACCAGCACCAGCCGCAGAUGACACCAGCUACAUCUAUAUCUCAGCAGAACCACCCUCCGCCAAACCCUCAAGCUGCCUUAAUGAGCAUGCCAAAUGCCCUGACUUCCCAGCAACAACAGCAGCAGAAGCUGAGGCUUCAGAGAAUCCAAAUGGAGAGAGAGAGGAUUCGCAUGCGUCAGGAGGAACUCAUGCGUCAGGAAGCUGAUUUGUAUAGACAACUUCCCAUGGAAUCUGAGAACCUUGCCCCAGUUCAGACUGCUGUGAGCGCACCUAACAUGACACAGGACAUGAGAUCUAUUACAAAUAAUGGGUCAGAUCCCUUUCUGAACAGUGGGCCAUACCAUUCCAGGGAGCAGAGCACAGACAGUGGCCUAGGCUUAGGAUGUUACAGCAUACCAACUACACCUGAAGACUUCCUCAGCAAUGUAGAUGAGAUGGACACAGGAGAAAAUGUAGCACAGCCUUCCAUGAAUAUCAACUCCCAACAGACACGCUUUCCUGACUUCCUUGACUGUCUCCCAGGAACAAACGUUGACCUUGGGACAUUAGAGUCCGAAGACCUGAUCCCCAUCCUUAGUGAUGUGGAAUCAGUCCUCAACAAAAAUGAACCUUUUCUUACCUGGUUGUAACUGAUAACCCAACAUUUCUAGAAUUUAAGGCCAAGCCUCUUCAAGUCCCUCAGCUAACCAGCAUAAUCCUUUGCUGACUUUUCCAGCCCCUUUAUAGGUCAAUGAAUCUUAAUCAGGAUGUCAUUGACAAUAACUUACAUUUGAAAUGUACACACAUAAAAUAUACACACAUCCCUAGUUUUAAGGAGUAGAAUUGCUUAUAGAUAUUAAAUGUAAGUUUUUCCUAGAUGUGUUUUGAGGACACAAAGGGGUGGGGGUUUUUUUGCACCAUGUCUGACCUGAACGGUCAUCAGUUACACACAGUUAAGUGUAUAAUUAAGGACAUGAAAGACAAAGUGAUGACUGUAAGAAGUUUUAAAUUGCAGAAGUUAGCUUGGUUCUGAAAACCUAGCACACACUCAAGUACAGCUCUGUGAUUAUAUUUAAUUGCACCAAAUGCUUGUUAUUUACAACAGUUUUAAAAAUCAUCAUUAUUUUAAAUAAACUCACAUUGUAGGGAAUACAACUUUUUUUCUUUUCAAUUCCAAGUCAACCGGAGAGUAACUUUUUAAAAACCUGCAAAGCACAAACUUUACUGUUGGGACUUUUUCAGUUGCUACAUGGUUUCUAGCAAGCAAAAGUGAAAUGUUUUAGCUGUUGUUUUUAUACUACCACUGCGUUAUAAAAUGAACCAGGUUGAUACUAAUUGCUGCCAUUUUUAAACUAUAUAGAAAAUGAAAAAAAUGCAAUUAAAUAUGUUACAUUCUUUUUUAAUUUCAUUUUAAAGAAGUACACUUCAUAUGGAGCUGUUUUAAAAACUAUGUUAAGGUGAAUCAUAAAAACAAUAAUUUUGUUGUAUUAUACACAAAAAAAUCUAGAAAAAUUGAUUUCUGGAGAAAAACUGUCACAUUAUUGAAUACAGUAACAAUUUUAUAGAACCUCAUUAUCUUUUUUCUUUUUAGCAAUAAUACAUUUUGUUGAUCGGAUUUUACAAGCUAGAAAUAAUAGCUUCACUUUAUCAGUUAGGGGAAAGCCAACAUCUCUUUGUCAGUGUAGCAAAAGGGUUUAACUUCUUAGUCAUUUGCUUCUUAAUUCUGACCUAUGAAACAAAAGACUAUUGUUGGUGUACUCCUAGCUAUAUUCAUAUAGAGAUUAUUAAAUAGUUGAUAUCUGGGACUGAGAAUGCAUCAAGGAUUUCAAGUACUCAUUUUGCCUGAAAUGCAAAUGACGUCCUAAGACUAAGUAUUUUUAAUUGUUUUUAUUUAUAAUCUAUGAACAUUAAGCUUUUUUAUAUUGAAAAAAUAUCUUUUUAUGGAAGGCAUUAUAAUUAAUACAGGCCUCUUAAUCAGAGAUAUGCAAACAAAACAAAGAGGUAAAGCACACUGCUAGGCUUCAAGCAUACCAAUAUAAAGUCAUCAUUGUAUUACAGAACUGGGCAGUAAAUACCCCAUAUUUUCUAACUUGAUGAAGAAAAAAGGCAAGUGAAAUAGAUGUUAGUCUGAAGUUAAUAAGAUAGGUUGAAGAGUGGCUAAGGAGAGAAUGCAGAUAGCAAUGCUGGAGUAUUACAAAGUCAAUUCUGGGGAUUACCCCAGUGGAUCAAUUAAAUAUUGGUGAACACUAUUUUGUGGGAGAAUUGUUACUUGAAGGUAUUUGUUCUGAAUGCACCAGGCUAGUUUUCUUUUCACAAUAUUUUAAUCAUGAAUGAUUUUUAAAAAAUCCAAUAUUUGUGAAGUUUUAAUAUUUGACCCAGAAAAUAUUUUGUGUUUGUUUUAUAAGGGCAGGGAUGGGUAGGCAGACAUAAGGAAGUAGAUUAGUUUGUUUUAGCAGAUUCUUGCACCUACUAGAAAAUAUUUUCCAUCAAUGGGCAUUCUUUCCCUUUUAUUUUAUUUUCAUUUCUUUCUUUUCAUUUUGCUUGCUCACUUAACAUAUACGAUUAAUCAUUAAGAGAGCAAGAGAUUUGUCUUUAAGCAAUGUUAUUGCAUGUUUUCACUAUUUAAAGAUUAUCAGCCAUGAUAUGAAAACCAGACACUCCUACAAUGUUUACUAUUUUAGCUAUAUGAACAAGUUUCUUCUUGAUUUUUUUCUUACCUGCUUAGAAAAACAGGAAGUUAUUAAAGGCAGAUCCAAAUCUUACUUUGUUGUAUGGCCAGUGCUUUUGUGCUCAUCGAGAAGCUGCAGAAACACUGCCAUAGAUUUCUUGUUCACUCAGCAUCAGAUUGCUUGGCAAUUUUUGGACUUCUGCAGAUUUACAGAUUUAAGACGUACAUAGUAACAUUUGCUGUGACAGACUGGACUUCUAGCUGGCAAUAAGCUUCAAUUGAAGGUAGCUCACUUAUUUAAAAAAGGACCAGAUCCAACAGUGUACAUUAAUAUUUGAAGUGCCGUUUGCCACAUAUUUGUAGGCAGCAUCGUGUUCCAUUUUGUACAACCCAAAAAUGGCCACCAAAGGAGCUCUUCCAAGUUGUAUGUGUGGUAUGAUUUACUUCCUUUGAAUUGAUUUUCCUAAAUUAGUCUGUGUGAAUUAGAAUGACUUCAAUUUAAAGUGAAAGUGGCUUAGAGAAGGAACUAAACUUCACCCAGGCCCCAGUUGGAUCUAGGAGAGAGUUAGGAGCAGAAAGGAGAAUAUUGUUUUACUCCCAUAUAAAAGCAAUGAUGGGCAGAGAAGCAAAAUUAAAGCAUUAGAGCAGACAUUUCAAACCUUUUCUGGCUCAGAUCCUAUUAAUUUUAAAAAAUUCUCAGAAGCCCCAGAAAAAAAAAUCAAGAGACACUAGUAAUUUGAAAAAUGGCUUUAUUUGAGUGUUUGAAGGGACAGGGAUUAACCACAGUCUUUUUAUACAGAAAUACCUCCAUUACAUCUUCAUGGAACUUUGGGGGUUCCACUGUUUGAAACACAUUACUGUAGAGAAUUGUAGCAAACCGCAAAAAUCCAAAUGGCCAUUAAAUGGUAGAAAGGAGAUAUGGAAAACACUAUAUUCGGCUACCAUUCAAUGAUCUACAUCUAGGUUUUUGCAAUCUAAACCUAGUGAACUAUAAUUUUUAUAAGUAGAAGAAGUAAUUCUGUCUAUACUUCCUUCUUUGAAGAGAUCACUAGGGAUGCUUGUUAUUGCCAUACCUGUCAUAACUCUGGAAUUGAAGUACAUAAAUAAGUGAAUGGGGAACACAUGUGACAAAAUAAUACUCCUAUCCUUAUUCCUCACCGUGGUGAAGGUAAAUGCUAUAAGCUUAGAGCCACCAGAGCAAGAUUUGAAAAAUCUAGCUGCCCACUAGAAAAAUCUAGAAGACUAGCUGCCAGCAAAAGAACUACCGUUUUCUAUAUAUUUUGUACCUAGUGGGUUCUGGUUAAUAGAAAUAAUGCUGAACCAUUCUGUGGUGUGUGUGGGGGAAGCUGCAUUGUAACUAGCAGUAUACCUGAUUUACGUUUAUGGCUCUCAACAGUUUCCUAGCCCUUCCUAGCCCCCUUCUUAUACGCAGUGGGAAUAACUUCUGAAUAGGUGUGCAUAAAUACUUUGACUGACACGUUUACAGCCCUGUAAGUCUCUUGGGAUUCAAUUUCCCGAAUUCAGUCCCAUAGGACCCAUGAAAUUCAGGGAGUUAGCAGAUCCAAGACUGGUUUAGUACUAUAGUACAAGGCGGACAAAUCAAGCAAAUACGUUAACCUAUGAAGGCAUCAUGCAGCAUUAGAACCAAGUCAACUGGAACAAAGGAGCCAAUCUUGUUUUGUUUUAAAGUGCCAGAACUAUUAUUUUUAAUGAGUAAAGCAUCUAAUAGUAGAGAUUGGGGGGAUGGGGGGGAGAUCCCAGUAAUCACAAAAAUGGGAGAAAUGAAUGAAUAAGUCAAUUUUAUGUUGCAAAAUCCAGUUUUAAUUUUUAAGGGUUGCUUUGCCAACAAUUAUUUCUUACUGAUCUAAUAGUUUUUCAUAAAUUUUCAGUGUAAGACUAUGAUUUGUGGUAUUUAAUUACUUCAUUUUUUAACACUAAAUUACAUUUGCCAGCAGUAAAAAUUCAGAGCAGUAGAGCAAUCAUACUGCCAUUCAAGGAUUUUAAGUUAGGGAAAGGCUCACUUCAGUGCCGACCAUAUAGAAGUUGUGGGAUAUGGAUAACAGCUUGUAAUCUUGAGUGAGGGGAAGUUUUGAGGUCAUGGUUUUUCAAACCGAGUUCUAGGAAAUUCUGAGGUUUCGUAGAAGUAGGUUAAAAUUCCAGUGUAAAUUCGAAUUAACUUUCAUUGAAAUGAAUUUGCCCUGCUGAUGUGCAAUGAGUAUGGUGUCUAGUGACUAUUCCUGAACUAAGACUCAGAAGAUUCAGACCCCAGUCCAUACUCAUUGAUGAUGUAUUCUGAGCAUCUAGCCUUGUUCUAUUUGUUUAACUGUCCUACACCACAGGGUGGUUAUGAGAAUUAAAGGAAGGAAAGUGCUAUAUGCUACCAUGACAAAAUGGUGGGAUAGAAAUGGAAUAGAAUAACAAAACUUUUUCUGUUGCAAUAGGGGCUAUUCUAUUGACUGUACUGCGGAAUUUGUUUUAAGUUCAUGAAAGGGAAAAGUAAGAUCCUACAGGGCUGGAAAGUGCCUUGUGUUAAUAGUCUGUGUACUUGAAAAUUAUCCCUCUAAACCACUGGAAGGAGUUAAUAUGCCAAGUGCAAACGAGUUCUUCGAAGGCAGAUGCUUAAAAACUGCUGUAUUGGAUGUUAAAUUAAUUGGAAAUAAAGCAUUAGAGAAGCCAAUUUUUUUUAAGAGCUGGAGAAAUUAAAUGCUUAUUUUCGAGAAUGGAAAUGGAUGGUAAAACCAAUAUUUCUGUUUUCCUAAUACACUACAUUCAUUUAUGUGUUAAUACUUUAAUACUUCUUUUUAUUUACAUCAGUUUGUUAUGCUAUUAUGCCAACUUGUGUGAGCAUUUGUUUUCAGUGUAGAAUAUUUUGCAUACAUAUGUGUAUGCUUGAAAAUCAGAACAAACAGUUAUAUCCAGAGUUUGUUUCUUUUUUAAAAAACAAAGUAUUUCUUUAUUAUUGUACAAGAAAAAUAAAUAAAUAGAAAUUGAUUUAAACUUA